AUGAAAACUAAGAAGAAGAAUGAAUCGUAAAGAGUUACUGAGUUGGGGGAACACAUUUUGAAAACUUAAAAUACUAUGUUGGCUGCUAAAAUUGAUCAAUUAAAGAAGGAAAUAUAAAAUAUGAAAUCUUUGCCAGAAUAGACAGAGAUAGAGCUGAUUUAAUCGGAGGAAUUAUUACAUUACAAAAAACUGAGUAAUUAACUUUCAAGGAGAAUACGGAUCAUUAUGGCUUACAAUGAGGAGGCCAUCCAAAAAAAAGUAGCCUAAGAGGAUAUCCAAGAUGAGAAAUUUGAAUGUCUUUGUGGUGCUAAUUAGAUUGAUUCUAUUAAAUAUUUCCUUGUAAAUGGUCAUCCAUAAAUAUUGUAAUAAUAAUAACAAGAGAUCCAACAGCCAGAAGAAAAUAACUAAUAAACUCAAUCGAAUCAGAAAGAUUAUAUAAAGAAAUUGAUUUAGGAAUCCUCAGAGGAGAAGGCCCAAUUACUGCAUUAGAUCGAAGAGUUGAAGUUGCAAUAGAAGUUGCCUGAGGAACAAUUCUUUUAGACUCAGUUAUUUGCAGAAUUGGUAUAAUAGAAUAACUACUUGACCACAACUCUGUUCAACAUUGAAGAAUAAUUGAUACAGGUCUAAUUGGCCAAUAAAGAUUUAUUAGAGAAAAGUCAACAGCAGAUCUAAUAGUGUCAACUGGAAUGCGAGUAGAAAAUAAGAGAAUUGUUUUCUUAGCAAGAUAUAAUAAAAAUAGAAGUUAAAUAGAAUGAUGAUUAGACACAGAAUACUUUGAUUGAAGAAUUGAAAUCCUAAGUAGAACAUUCAUCCAAAAUGAUUGAGGAUCUAAAGAUUGAAUUGUAAUAAUGCAGAGAACGUAAUAAAGAAGCACAUAAUCAGUUGGGUGAGAUAAUAAAUUAAAAACAAACAUUAUUGAAUUAAAAUAACGAAUUGAAAUAAUAUAUUAGUGUUCAUAAGAUACUAUCUAAGGAUGAGAAGAUCGAGCAAGUGACUCUCAGAUACGAGAAACACAAAUAAUUGUUGUAUGAAAUUGAGCAAGAGUAUGCAAAUACGAAGUCUAAUGAAUUCAUUUAAAGAUUUAGAGAAUUUGUUGGGUAUGUCAAGAUGAGAGAUGAAAAGGUCAAGGGAUUAGAACAGUAAUUGGAAGCAAAGAUCAAUGAUUGCAACAAUAUCAAGAAAUAAAUACAAUAAUUAAUUGACGAAUUGGAUUAUAAUUCAAAUUCAUUUAAUUCGAUCAAUGAAACCAAUAAGAAUCUAAGUAAACUUGUAAAUGAAACCUAAAAGAAUCUGAGCAGAGCUAUGCAAGAGAAGGUGGAUGAACGCAUAAAAUUCGAAACAGAAAGACAAUAAUUUUAAUAAAAAAUACAAACGGCUGACGAGACUAUUAAAUAAUUAUAAUCACAGAAUGAUUAAUAAAAGAAAUUACUAAAUCUGUUUGAUAAUGAAAGAAUGAUUUAUAAGGAAUCUAUUAGAAAUUUGUAAAAGUCUGAUGGGGAAAGUUAAUAAAAAUUGUUAUAAAAAGAAUGGGAUGUUGGUAAAAUUUUAGAGGAAAAUAAGAUUAUAUAAGAAAGAGAAAAACUGAGUGAGUCGAUUAAUCUUAAAUUUAUUAAAAAAGCAGAAAAAUCUAAGAGUAAAUUAAAGUAUUUGAAGUUACAAAUGAAAUUAGAAUCAAAAGAUACUGAUAAUGAAUUAUUGACAUCCUUAAAAAUGAUGGUAGAUUGCCAAUAAUGUAAAAAAAGAGUAAAAUAAGUUAUUUUGAUGAAAUGCUUGCAUAUGUUCUGUAAACCUUGCAUUGACGACAAUUAAAAAAAUCGAAAUAGAGCUUGUCCUGUCUGUAGAGCUAAGUAUGGAAUUGAGGAGGUGAAAGCUAUAAUAUUAAAUUGA